AUGGAUUGUAAUGGCAAGAUGCAAUCAGAUUCUGGUCAACUAAUGGAGGACAUUACAAGUUACAGAAGGUUGGUUGGUCGACUAUUGUAUCUAACAAUUACAAGACCAGAUAUUGCUUUUGCAGUACACAAGCUUAGUCAAUUCUUAUCAAAACCAACCACAGUUCACAUGCAAGCAGCAAACAAAGUUGUAAGGUACUUGAAGGACAACCUUGGGCAAGGCUUGUUCUAUUCAUCAGAAUCAGAUGUGAAGUUGAAUGCUUUUGCGGACGCAGACUGGGCAGCAUGUUCGGAAUCUCGUCGGUCAGUUCUGGAUUCUGUCUUUCUCGAAAAUUCACUUAUCUCGUGGAAGGCCAAGAAGCAAUCUGUUGUGUCAAGAAGCAGUACAGAGGCGGAAUACAGGGCUUUGGCGAAUGUGACUUGUGAGCUGAUUUGGCUGAAAUAUUUGUUUAUGAUUUGCAUAUCUCAGUGA